AUGUUCCGCAACGCUGUUCGCCAGUCCUCCCGCGCCAUCGGCGCCGUCUCUGCCGCAGGCAGGGUCGCUGCGGUCCGAAAUGCCGCACCAGCUGUCGUCAACGGUGCUCGCUUCUACGCCGCCGACGCCAAGGCUUCCCCGACCGAGGUUUCUUCCAUCCUUGAGCAGCGCAUUCGAGGUGUUCAGGAGGAGUCUGGCCUUGCUGAGACUGGCCGCGUCCUUUCCGUCGGUGACGGUAUCGCCCGUGUCCAUGGCUUGGCCAACGUCCAGGCUGAGGAGCUGGUUGAGUUCGCCUCCGGUGUCAAGGGAAUGUGCAUGAACCUCGAGGCUGGCCAGGUCGGUGUUGUGUUGUUCGGUACCGAUCGUCUUGUCAAGGAGGGUGAGACUGUCCGCCGUACCGGUGAAAUUGUGGAUGUCCCUGUCGGUCCUGAGAUGCUUGGCCGUGUCGUCGAUGCUCUCGGUAACCCCAUCGACGGCAAGGGUCCCAUCAAGACCUCCGAGAAGCGCCGUGCUCAGCUUAAGGCCCCCGGUAUCCUGCCCCGCCAGUCCGUCAACCAGCCCGUGCAGACCGGUCUCAAGUCUGUUGACGCCAUGGUUCCCAUCGGCCGUGGUCAGCGUGAGCUGAUCAUUGGUGACCGUCAGACCGGUAAGACUGCCGUCGCUCUCGACACCAUCCUGAACCAGAAGCGAUGGAACAGCACCAACGACGAAGACAAGAAGCUUUACUGCAUCUACGUCGCUGUUGGCCAGAAGCGAUCUACCGUCGCUCAGCUCGUCAAGACCCUUGAGGAGAACCAGGCAAUGCAGUACAGUAUAGUCGUCGCAGCUACCGCCUCUGAGGCGGCCCCUCUGCAAUAUAUUGCCCCUUUCACUGGUUGGUUCAGAGAUAAUGGAAAGCAUGCUCUCGUCGUCUAUGACGACCUCUCCAAGCAGGCUGUCGCUUACCGCCAGAUGUCUCUCCUUCUCCGUCGUCCUCCCGGUCGUGAGGCUUACCCUGGCGAUGUUUUCUAUCUCCACUCCCGUCUUUUGGAGCGCGCGGCCAAACUCAACAAGCACCAUGGUGGCGGUUCUAUGACCGCUCUCCCGGUUAUCGAGACUCAGGGUGGUGACGUGUCCGCCUACAUUCCUACCAAUGUCAUUUCCAUCACAGAUGGUCAAAUUUUCUUGGAGUCUGAGUUGUUCUACAAGGGUAUCCGACCUGCCAUCAAUGUCGGUCUCUCGGUCUCGCGUGUCGGUUCUGCCGCCCAACUGAAGGCCAUGAAGCAGGUUGCUGGUUCCUUGAAGCUCUUUUUGGCCCAGUACCGUGAGGUCGCUGCUUUCGCCCAGUUUGGCUCCGAUCUUGAUGCUGCCACCAAGCAGACGCUGAACCGUGGUGAACGAUUGACCGAGCUUCUCAAGCAGAAGCAGUACUCUCCCAUGGCUGUCAAUGAAAUGGUUCCUCUGAUUUUUGCCGGUGUCCGCGGUUUCCUCGACAGCGUUCCUGUUAACAAGAUUCUUGCCUGGGAGUCCGACUUCCUUGCCCACCUCAAGACCAACGAAACUGAGCUGCUCUCUACCAUCGACAAGGAGGGUGCUCUUAGCAAGGAUCUUGAGGCUAAGCUUGAGAGUGUCAUCACCAACUUCACCAAGAGCUUCCUCGGUUAA